GAAAAUCAAAGAUCAAUAAACGUUCCUCGAGGAGUUGAAGAACGUUAUCAGUCACUUCAGUUUCUUGGGGAAGGAACUUUUGGAGAUGUUUACAAGGCGAAAGAUCUCGUUGACAAUCAAAUUUAUGCUAUUAAAAAAAUAAAAGUAGAGCAGGGAAACAGAUUUGGUUUAGAUAUCUCUGCUUUGCGGGAAAUAAGGUUGCUGGCCGAACUUCAUCAUGAAAAUAUACUCGGGCUGAUUGACGUAUUUAGCCAUAGCAAAUCUACUCCAGCCGUUAGUCUUGUACUUGAACUAAUGGAAAGUGAUCUAAAAAAGAUUAUAGACAAUCCUUAUAUAACUUUGAGCGGCGGUGAUAUAAAAUCUUUUAUGCUUCAAUCUCUUCUUGGUUUAGAAUAUCUGCACUCAAGAUGGAUCUUACACAGAGAUUUGAAACCUGAUAAUCUCCUCGUGAGUAGUAAAGGUAUUUUAAAACUUGCUGAUUUUGGGCUUGCCAGAGUCUUUGGGACGUUAGAAGGUCACUAUUCUCCAAACGUCGUUACAAGGUGGUAUAGAGCGCCUGAACUGUGUUUCAAAGCGGAUAUUUAUGGGACGGGCGUCGAUAUUUGGUCGCUUGGAUGUGUUUUUUAUGAGUUGAUAAAACGUCAGCCGCUGUUUCCUAGUGAUUCUGAAAUCGGACAGCUGAAAAAAAUUUUCGAUGUUGUGGGUUUUCCCGAUGAAAAUGCUUGGCCUGUUUGUUAUAUAAUAAUAAUAAUAAUUUUUUAA